CCUUCACAAAAAACAACCGUUUCUAACUAACCCAUCCCACUCUGAACUCUGAACUCUCAGAAACCCUAACAUGCCCUCUUCUUCCCCCUCCCUCCAAACCCUAACUCCUGCAAAUGACACAACCCACAAACCCCAUCAAACCCACCUCCAAAAUCUCUCUCCCCUCCAACUUCACCCCCAAAACUUUCAUCAAAUUACCCCCACUGACCCUUCCCGCCAAACCCAAAACCACCCUCUCCUUCAAAACCCACUGCUCCCCACCCUCCGAUAACUCCCAAACCCUCGUCUCGAUCCUCCACGCGAUACCGGAUUGGGCAGACCACGUGAAAGAGCGUGGAAUGCGACAGAAGCGGACCCUCUACGACCACGAGAAAUGGGUCCAGCACCGGAGCUCGCUCCGCCAUUGGCGCCACGUCAUGUCGAGCCUGUCGUCGCGAGUGGUCCUAUCGCUGGUGCCGCCAGUGAUCGCCUUCACCUCCUUCGCUGCUAUCAUUGCAGGGUAUAAUUACGCAGUGUCUGUGCAGUGGUUGCCAGGGUUUUUCCCGGUGUUGAAGGCCUCAACGUUGCCGUACCAGCUGACUGCGCCGGCGCUGGCGCUCUUGCUGGUGUUCCGGACCGAGGCGUCGUACUCGAGGUUCGAGGAGGGGAGGAAGGCAUGGACCAAGGUGAUUGCUGGGACCAAUGAUUUGGCGAGGCAGGUGAUUGGUGGGGUUGAGAGUUCGGGUAAAAAUGCCCCCCUCAAGAAGGCACUUUUGCAGUAUAUUAUGGCAUUUCCGGUUGCACUUAAGUGCCAUCUUACUUAUGACUCAGAUAUUAGGCAAGACCUCCAAAGUUUUCUUGAAGUAGACGAUCUAGCAAUAGUGCUCAAUUCGAAGCAUCGGCCUCGUUGCAUUAUUGAGUUCAUCUCUCAGAGCCUUCAGUUGCUAAAGUUGGAGGAAUCAAGGAAAAAUAUGUUGGAGUCAAAGAUCUCUUGUUUCCAUGAAGGAAUUGGAGUUUGUGAGCAACUUAUGGGUAUCCCCAUCCCCCUCUCCUACACACGCUUGACCUCAAGGUUUCUGGUCCUCUGGCAUCUCACUCUUCCUAUCAUACUUUGGGAUGAUUGCCAUUGGAUUGUGAUUCCGGCUACGUUCAUUAGUGCCGCUUCUUUAUUCUGCAUAGAAGAAGUUGGUGUUCUUAUCGAGGAGCCAUUUCCAAUGCUUGCACUGGAUGAGCUAUGCAAGCAGGUUUACAGCAACAUUCAGGAAGCAAUUGCAACUGACAAAAUAAUUCAAGCUCAGCUGGCUGCAAAACUAAGGAGCCACUCUAAGGAGCACUCACCAAAUGGCCGGCCUAAUUCCUAGGCAGAUGGAAAGCUCAUCUAUUUUCACAAUUUAGGAUACAAGGCAGGUUACCCGCAUCUUCUGUAGUGGGGCUUUAGCAUCCACAUAUGUAGAUAUGAAAUGGCCUAUUCAAUAAUUCCCAAGAACUUUUUCUUGUGUUAUGUAUAUGUAUAUAAUAGAGUCAUGUUGAUGAUAGACUAAAUCACCAAUUUGAGCUGUUCUGAGUUUCUAUUUUGAUUGUUUUGAGAUGACUUGGAUAGGUCAAAGGAGAUUUACUAACAGAGCGUAUACUACAAUCUCUUUGCAUUCUCUUC